UAAAAAAUUGGUACUAAAUUGAAAUUAAGAUAUUAUAUUUAUUACUAAAAUAAAAAAUAAAAAGUUGAUACUAAAUGAAAAUAUAUUGCAAAAUUUUGGUACUAAAUGAGAUAGUUACCACUUACCAAGCAAAAUCCACUAAAAACAAACUCUCUUAGCGCUUUGCUUCCCUCUUCUUAUCUAUUCUUAAAAAAUCAAGAAAUCAGAACUUCAAAAUCUAAAGCCAUUAGCAUGGCAAUGGGAAGCUCUCACCUUUUACAACCUCACUUUCCCUCUUCUUCUUCUUCUUCUUCUUCUUUCUCUUCUCACUCUCAUUCCCAUUCUAUUUUCUUUUAUUUCAAGAACAUUGACACCAAGAGAAAGAAGAGACCAACAAUUCUUGCUUGUAGUCGUCAAGAAGAUCCAGAUGAUAUCAUUUUUAGCAGGAAGAGAGCUGUUCUUUUUGUGGGUAUUUCUGUUCUUCCUUUCUUGCAACUCAGGGCCAGAGCUCUUGACACUUCUUUUACUAAAGAAAUUGAGCUCAAAUCACUUGAGGAGAAACAAAAAGAAGAGCUAGCAAUUCAAAGAUAUAAGCCACCAAAUCCCUUUCUGUCUCUCCUGAAUGGACUUGGUAUAUUUGGUACUGGCGUGCUUGGUGCAUUCUAUGCAUUGACUCUGAAGGAAAAGAAAGCUGCUGAAACAACAAUGGAAUAUAUGACAGACAAACUGAAAGAGAACGAAGCUACUAUUGUUUCCUUGGAGAAGAACUUUGAAGCAAAGCUAUUAAGUAAACAGGAAGAAUUUUCAAAGCAACUGAGAGAGGCAAAGGAAGAACAGCAGGUUCUAGUGAACCAGCUAAAUUCGGCUAACAGUACAAUUACAGGGCUAGGACAGGAGCUGAAAAAUGAGAAAAGAAUAAUUGAGGAGCUUAACGCUCGAAUAGGUGGUCUGGGAGCUAAUCUGUCAAAAGCUGAGGAAGACAAGAAAGCUCUUGAAGGAGAGAUGGAGGAAAAACUCAAUUCUAUUGAGGUCCUACAAAAUAAGAUUAACUUGCUUAGUAUAGAGCUUAAGGAUAAGGAAGAAAAUGUUCAAAGCCUCAGCUCUUUGCUUGCUGAAAAAGAAUUGGAGGUGAAGAACUUGAAUUCUACCUACAAGGAAACAAAGGAUGAACUAGCCAAGGCAGAGAGAGAUACCAAAGCACUAAAAGAUGAACUUCUGAAAGUUAUCAAAGAACUGGAAUCUAAGAACUUGGUAGUGGAUGAAUUGAAUUCGACAGUGAGUUCUUUAAUGUUUGAGAAAGAUGAAUCUAACAAGAAGCUCAAUGCCGUUCAGAAGGAGUACAAUGAUCUGAAGUCAUCCUCCGAAAAGAAGGCUGCUUUGGAUGCUGUCCUGUUGAGAGAAAGAGAAGAUGAGCUUGGCCGAUUAAAGGAGAAACUUGAGCUUGCUCAGAAUGAAGUGAGAGGAAGCCAGGCCAUUAUUGCAGAUUUGAUCCAGGCAAGAGAAGAUUUGAGGAAAAAGCUUGAUACAGAAUUGAACAAUGUAAAGAAUCUGAAACAUGAACUUCAAAACAGUCAGGAAGCUCUAGGGAAGUUUAGAAAUGAGGCUUCUCAUCUGGCAAAAGAACUCGAGCAGUCAAGAAGUAAGUGCACGGUGCUUGAGGCUGAGGUUUCUAGAAUCGAGGCUGAAUUUGCCAAGGCUACAGAAACAAUGCAAAAGGGCCUUGAGAAUGCAAAACAGAGUGGUGAAGAGUUGGCUGGUGAGAUUAUGGCGUUAAAGGAACAACUGAGGAAAUCUAAGGAGGAUCUGCAAAUAGCGUCCCUUGAUCUGGGAGCUUUAACAAUAGAACGUAAUAGUGCACAGGAGGAAUUGGUAGAUGUCUAUAAGAAAGUUGAAGUCACAGCCAAUGAACUAAUUGAAGAGAAAAAGGUAGCAUCUUCAUUGAGCAAAGAGCUAGAAAACCUACAGAACCAAGUCAUGAAAGACAAGGAAGCCAGAAAGUCUCUUGAAAGGGAUCUAGAAGAAGCUACUAAAUCACUGGAUGAGAUGAAUCGAAAUGCAUUGAUACUUUCUGGGGAGCUGGAGAUAGCAAAUACUAGGAUUGCUAGCCUUGAAGAUGAUAAAGAGGCACUUUACAAGUCUCUUACAGAGCAAAAGAAUGCAUCUAAAGAGGCUCAAGAGAACAUGGAAGACGCACAUAACAUGGUCUUGAAGCUUGGUAAAGAAAGGGAGAGUUUGGAGAAGAAAGCAAAGAAACUUGAAGAAGAAUUGGCGUCGGCCAAAGGUGAAAUACUCCGUUUAAGGAGUAAAAUAAACUCCUCGAAAACUGUUCCAAAUGAGCAGGAACAUUCUCAGAAAGGUGAAGCAAUAAAUUCCUCAACAGCCCUUCCGAAUGAGCAGGCUUCUCAGAAAGGUGAAGCUGAAGAGAAGGUGACUGUCACUGCGAAGAGAGGCGGCAGAAGGAGAAGAACUGGAUCCCAGCAGUGAAGGGUAUUAUCUGUCAUCUGAUUAAUUCUCUCAAUGCUAAAUGGUAUUUGCUUGUAUCAUCAUUCAACCUAAGCUAAGCUAAAUUUAUUGCAUUGUAUAGAUGUGAUGUUGAGGCAUAAAUAUUGAGGAAAUUCUUGUUCAUAAUUUUUUGUUAAAUGCCAUUUGUUGUAAGCUUAUUAUAACAGAUUUGUAAAUUCUUACAACACAAUUCUCCUCCAUUAGUUUUCAUCCAAUUUUCAGA